GGGACCGGCCGUCCACCACAAUGUCCUAUUUUGGGGAGUACUUUUGGGGGGAGAAGAAUCAUGGCUUUGAUGUCCUCUACCACAGCAUGAAGCAGGGGCAGGUCUCUACCAAGGAACUGGCUGAUUUCAUCCGAGAAAGGGCCACUGUGGAGGAGGCCUACUCCAAGGCCAUGGCAAAGCUUGCUAAGAUGGCCGGCAAUGGGACCCCUAUGGGGACAUUCGCCCCACUUUGGGAGGUGUUCCGGGUGUCCUCGGACAAGCUGGCACUGUGCCACAUGGAGCUGACCAAGAAGCUGAAUGACCUCAUCAAGGACGUGGCCCGCUACGGGGAGGAGCAGAGCAAAGCCCACAAGAAGUGCAAGGAAGAAGCUGUGGGUACCCUGGAAGCUGUCCAGGCACUCCACGGUGUCUCCCAGCUCCUGCCCAAAUCCCGGGAGAGUUACGUCAGCAGAUGCCUGGAGCUUGAGCGGCUGAGGAAGGAAGGCACCAAUCAGAAGGAGAUUGAUAAGGUAGAGGGGAAGACAAAGAAGGCAGCCGAGACCCUGCGUCGCUGCGUGGAGAAGUACAACACAGCCCGGGGGGACUUUGAGCGGAAGAUGCUGGAGUCGGCUCUGCGCUUCCAGGCCAUCGAGGAGACCCACCUGCGGCACAUGAAGGGGAUCCUGGGAGCGUAUGCUCACUCUGUGGAAGACACCCACGUGCAGAUUGGGCAGGUGCAUGAAGAAUUCAAGCAGAACGUGGAGAACGUCAGCGUGGAAACCCUGGUGAGGAAGUUUGCCGAGAAUAAGGGAACGGGCCGGGAGAAGCCAGGUGUCUUAGACUUUGAGGAGUACAGCUCUAUGGCCCUUCCGGAAGGUGGGAGACGCCUUCGAGGCAGCGGUGGGAGCAGGCCCUUCCGGAUCCCUGGGCUGAGCCGGAGGGAGCGUGAGCACCGGCCAUCGGACUCCCCAGAGGCAGAAUCAGUGGUGAGUAGGGGCCAAGAGAGUUCUGCCCCCCCCUCCCCCAAAGCCGGGACCCUCCGCCCUUCCCCCACCUCCACUGGCCUAGGCACUGAGACCUGCCCCGUCGUGGACGAAGAAGGCUUCAGCGUCCGGCCGGAUGUCAACCAGAACACAGAGCGGGAGAACUCGCGUUUCUGCUCGUCCAGCGACUCAGACUAUGAUGACGAUGAGGAACCCCGAAAGUUCUUUGUGCAAAUCAAACCGGCUCCGCCGCCCAGCCAGUCCCGGGACCCUGAGGCUGCUGCAGCCCAGCUCAAGGCCACAGCGGGCAGCCUGAUCCUGCCGCCAGGCCCGGGGGGCACCAUGAAACGCCACUCGUCCCGGGAGACGUCAGGGAAGCCUGUGAGGCCUCACUCAGCCUCCAGAGCCAUCAGAUGUGCAGAAAAGCCCCAAUCCGAUGUGCAGCUGUCCAAGGCCCUCUUUGGCCCCCCGCUGGAGUCAGCCUUGGAGCCCGAAGACUUUCCAGGCUCUGGCAGCUACGGCCUUACCUCCAGCCCGUCUCCCUUCUCCUCCUCAUCCCCAGAGAAUGUGGAGGACUCGGGUCUGGACUCCCCGUCGCACCCAGCCCCCGGCCCCUCUCCAGACUCCUGGGUUCCCCGACCGGCUACGCCCCAGAGUCCCCCCGGGGCCAGGAGGCCCCCUAGUUCCCCACCUGCCCGGCCCCACACAUGCCCAGCCUGGACUGCGCCAGGGGGGCCUCCAGGAUCCGAGCCCAACCCUGACCCUUGGGCGAGUGAUGCCUCAUCCGGGCAUGGAGACCUGGUGCCCGCUCUGCCUGACACAGGGCCCCGGGACGGACUGGCAGCCCUCCCCAGAAGAGGCCACACCAAGAAGACCCCCAGCGCCCUCACCCGCAGCAAUGGCGACCUGUCUCGCUCCCUGAGCCCCUCUCCCCUGAGUUCCUCUGUCCCCAGCAGUCUCCCCGAGAGGAGCAGCGGCUUCUCCCAGUCGGGCCUCGGGAUCUCCAGGGGCCCGAGCCCUGUGGUGCUAGGCUCCCAGGAUGCCCUGCCGGUAGCCACAGCCUUCACCGAGUACAUCCAUGCCUAUUUCCGGGGCCAGGAUGCCCCCAGCUGCAUGGUGAAGGUGACGGGGGAGCUGACCAUGUCCUUCCCCGCGGGCAUCGUGAGGGUGUUCAGCGGGACGAUGCCCCUGCCCGUGCUCAGCUUCCGUCUGGUACGAACGGCUGCCAUCGAACACUUCCAGCCCAACUCUGAGCUGCUCUUCAGUGACCCUUCCCAAAGUGACCCGGCCACCAAGGACUUCUGGCUGAACAUGUCCGCGCUGACGGGACACCUACAGCGCCAGGCGGAGCAGAGCCCGGCAGCCUCGUACUACAACGUGGUGCUGCUCAGGUACCAGUUCUCCAAGCCUGGGGCCCAGGCGGCCCCACUGCAGCUCAGUGCCCACUGGCAAUGUGGCCGUGCCCUGACCCAAGUCUCAGUGGAGUACAGUUAUUGCCCUAGCGCCAUGGCCCUGCCCACCCCACUCACCAACGUCCAGAUCCUGCUUCCUGUUGAGGAGCCCGUCACCAAUGUCCGUCUGCAGCCUGCUGCCAGCUGGAACCUGGAGGAGAAGAGACUCUUGUGGAGACUUCCUGAUGUGUCAGAGGAAGGGGGCCCAGGCCAUCUCUCUGCCAGCUGGGAACCUCUGUCAGGGCCCAGCAUGCCUGGUCCAGUGGCUGCCCACUUCACCAGUGAGGGCAGCACCCUGUCCGGGGUUGACGUGGAACUUGUGGGCAGCGGGUACCGCAUGUCUCUGGUGAAGCGGAGGUUUGCUACAGGGACCUAUCUAGCUGGCUACUGAAUCGGCCUGUGCUGGCCUGUGCUGCUCCCUCUCUGGCCUUGGUUUUGCACUUAGGUUCCUUUGGUGGGGCCUGCUCCUCCUCCCUCCCACCCCACACCCCCAACUUUGGACCAGGUCGAUUUUAAACAGACACUGAGGGGCCCGAGCCUCUGCAGGGAGGGUGCAGUGUGGACUGGGAAGGUUGGGAAUUGGAGUGGAGGCCCAAAGUUCCCCCUCCUGGGCUGAGCCUCACAGGUUUCCUUCCCCUGGGCUUCCUCUUCCCUCCCCAGAAUCCUUCUUCUCAGCCCAAGGCCAGCUCAGCCCCUGGGGUUUUAUGUCAUUUGAAUAAACACUCUAUUUUCUAAUAAAA